AUGACGGUUUCCCCUAAUGCCUCCUUGCUGCUUUCAAAGCUACACUUGCUUCCUUCCUUCGCUAAUAAGAGAUUCCAUUAUUCUACACUGACUUUACUAUGCUUCUUAUUAGUUAUAGUAACUAUACCCUCUGGGUUGAAUUGCCACAACAGGGGCCUUCCUCAAGGGAGGAGUUCAUACCCGGAGAAAGAAAGCAGACUACUAAAUCGACUAUUUCAACAUAUUGUUUGCACUAGUCUCAUAGCCAUCUCUUUUAACAUAACCUUUCGGCGUCUUCCUUUAUGCUUCCCUCAAAUCCCCUCGGUCGUCCCUUUAUUCAAUAUCCGUCAUGCGGGGGUUUAG